CUGCAAGGACAAGACGAAACCUGUUGCAAUGUUUCCAAUGCAAAAAAAACUGCAAAGUGCUAUAAGUAUGUAAACUCGAAGUUCGAAGUUAUGUGCGAAGUUGCGAACAUGUGCGAACGUGCGAACGGUACGAAUAAACAAUAGUAAAUAAACAAAUAGCUGACUUGACUUAGCGCAAAAAUUUGCAGGUACUUUUGUUCAUUCUUGUGUUAACGGAAACGAAACUGUUAGAUCAAGCAGCACUUUAUCCCUUCUGUAGUGAUGUAGCUGAAACCCUGAACUGAGUCUACUAAGUCAAGGAGCCUGGAUUAUGGCAGAGGGAGAGCAGGAGUACUUGCAAGUGCUCCUCUUGGUUGCCCACAAGGAAAGGGCCGAAGGGGACACCGCCCGCACCGAGGAGGCGGGACCAGGAACGCAGCCCCCUCUCUUUCGCAGCAAAAUCGUCCUGUACGCUCUUCUGCCUCGCAUCGAUCGGUUUGAUGCCCUCGCCAAAGUCUUCGGGCAAAACGGCGUCAUCGUCUUGAGGACGGACGAGCUCCUCUCGCCUUUCCUCCUGGAGGCGGCCAGAUCCGAGAGACUGGAAUUGGUCGAGAUGGUUGUCAGAGUGGGCCACCAUAUCGUCGACUCCUCCGGUCGUUUAAUCGUCACUGUGGACCCCUCCAACUCCGACCUCCUGCCAGUCCUCCUCGUUCGCUACAUCGUCGACGAGACCACGAGAUGGCGCACGGAAGACGACGCUUUGUCAUUGCUAUAUCAUGUCCUUGUCCGCCAUUCAUUGCUCUACGAGGCGAAUCUACAAAUUUUGACCAGGUUACUGACCGCGGGGCCCAAUUUAAAACUCCGCCACAAGGAUGGUGGCACACUAUUGCACUACGCCGUUAGGAGAAAAUACACGCGGCUUGUGGCGAUCCUGGUGGAAAGCGGUGCCAACUUGGAAGCCAGGAGAGUGGACGGCAAAACACCUCUCCUCCUAGCAAUCGACACGUAUCCCUUCUACGUAUCGCAGGACAUUUUGACACGUUUGUUGGAAAGCGGGGCAAACGUCAACGCGGAAGAUGCGAAGGGAGCCACGCCGUUCCUUGUGGCUCUCCAACGGCAACAAAGCACCGACCGUAUCCGUAUAUUGAUCGACAAUGGGGCAGAUGUCAAUGCGAAUACGCAGUUCGGUAGUGCCUUAAAACUCGCCGCCGGAGCAGGAUCUGACUGCCUGUCGAUGCUCCUCAACAAGGGGGGUUUGGACAUCGAUAAACACCGAGACAUGUUCAAAGAGAUCUUGAUGUGUUCGACCACUGACAAAUGCUCGGUGCGGAAACUCUUCGAUUACGGGUUCAAACUUUUGCCGGAAGACGCGAAGAAUAUAAAGAUUCUCGACGGAGUUCUGAAGUUGGGGGACCGGCAGAUUUUCGAGGAUCUGCUCAGGUGGGGUGCCGUCGUGCACCUGAAACCGCGCCCGAAUCGCACGGUGCCCGAUGCUGCACCUAAGGACGUCAUGAAGGAACUUCUCAUUCUGGCUCUCUCUCGAGAAGAUAAUAAAACUAUCAAAUACCUUUUCGAAAUCGACGAUGUUCGCGAAGCUGAAUUCUUCAGCGAUAUCCUUCGAGAGGCGAUCAAAACAUUCAACACCGGAUGCUUUCGAACCGUCCUCAAAGUUGGUAAUCCGGGACUCUCUUGUCUAUUCGUUAAAAACGUGUUGGAUGAACUUGAACCGGUGGAAUUAGAGCCCGUUGUUAUGGAGUAUUACGAUUAUGAUGAUUUUAUCGAUGUGAAUAUCGAGGCUAAUUACGAGAAUAGCGCUCAGAAUAAUGUAAGACACGAAAUGAAAAAAGCGCUGUCCCGACACAUUGUUAUGUUGGCGAGUGCUGAUUUGGUAGUGAACAAAGAUACUAUUGUGAGUACAAAUGUGUUUGGAAGUGUGCGGUUGCGGAAAGACCAACUUCCCGAAUGGGUCCUGAAAUUGGUACCAUCAACGUUCUUGGAAGAAUGUGUCAAUGAGGUCACGCUCUUGAAAACAGAAUCGGUGGGAGACUCGACGAUAACGUACUACGAUGUAUUAAACGCCACGAUGCCCCAAAUAAUACGGUUCCUAAAGAACAAGUCCAUUCGAUGUACACUAAAGUCGAAAAGCUACUUUGCUCAGUUCCCAUUGUAUUCUCCCAUAAUUUAUCAUAGGUUCCGGAAUUGUAAUUAUAAAGUCACACUAAUGAAAAAAGCAAUGCAAAUGUUCGGUCACCUGUGUGAAUUUUCGAAAAAUAUACCUUUCGAAUUACGAGAAUUAAUCAUGCAGCCGUUGUGCAACCACGAGUUGCUAAUUUUAAUCAAUGUUUGCAACGAAGUAAAACCUUAACAGACUUUAUCAGUCCGAUGACGGCAUCAUAUAUGGAAGUAUUAACUCAAGUCUUUUGGCCGUACUAGCCAUGCACAAUAUCUUACGAAUUUUAAGAGGAUAAUUUACCCAUGGAAAAUCCUCGGGUAGUGCAAUCUUUAUCAUACAAGGUGUUCGUAAAGUCGCCCCCCCCCCUCUAACUUUUGACCUGAUUGAGGUAGAGAUUUGAAACUUGGAGGACGUUCCCCGGUCAAUAGGAGCUACUUUUUGACCCCUCUAUUUUUUCGCCCCCCCCCCCCCCUUAGGAGGGGGAAGGACGGACUCCAACUUUUUUUCCUCAAAUGGGAAGAUCCUCCUGGUGACACCUCGUUCGAAAGAAGAUGAGAAAAUAAAAUUUUUCGCGCGAAGCCGAAGUCAUUAUCUUAAAUCGUUUCAAAAUGGCGGCCGGUCAAAGUUCUGCAAAGUGACCGAAAAUUGCCACCUGGGCUAUUUGCCUAUUGGUUUGCCUGAAACACAGUAUUUGGGAGUAUUCUGGUACGAGACGAAUGAAUUUGACGUAAGAUUUUUUUUCUUUUUUAAAUAAAUCUCAUUUUUUAAAAUGGCCGCCGGUUAAGGUCCAAAAUGACCGAAACUUAACUAACUCGUUUUUUGCUGAUGGGUUCGCCUGAAACUCGGUAACUACGGCUAUUUUGGCGCGAGAAAAACGAAUUUAUCGGCAGACAAUUGAGUGUGUCAAUUUUUGGUCUUUUUGAACCGUAACCGGCGGCCAUUUUAAAAAAUUAGGUUUAAAAAAAAAAAAAAAAAAAAAAAAAAAAAAAACGUCGAAUUUGUUCUUCUUGUGCCAAAAUACCCCUAGUUAUCGAGAUUCAUGCAUAUCCAUGCGCAAAUAGCCGAAGAGCCAAUUUUCGGCUGUUUGGAACUUUGACCGGCCGCCAUGAAACGAUUGAAGAUAAUGACUUCGGCUUGGCGCGAAAAAUUUUCUUUUCUCAUCUUCUUUCGAAUCGAAUGAGGUACAACAAAUGGGAUCUUCCCAUUUGAAAUAAAAAAAUUGGAGUCCGUCCGUCCCCUCCCCUCCCUCCCAGGAAGGGGUGCCUGAAAAUAAUAGGGGGGUCAAAAAGUAGCCCCCUUUGACCUGGGAACAAAUCUCUACCUCAAUUAGGUCAAUUUUAGAACUUUUCGAACACCCUUUAGAAUACAUUAAUUACGAGCUUCUUUUCAUGACAGAUUGAUCUUUUUUUGAGCAAAAUUUUCUCGUAAGCGUCGAAGAAUGUGCCUUUUGAUGUACUUCGAGGUCUUUGUUAUACGUAUGUCUCUUCACUCCCUUUUUUUUGUUGUUAUAUUUUAUCUACGUCCUGUAUUUGUAGAAACAUUCGUCCUGAAACUCACACCGGUUUUAGACCUUGGCGACCACUUGACUUCAACUUUAUUGAUAAACUUUUCAGUUACCGCCACUGUUUAAAUCGUAUUAUAUAUAAAUGUACUAUUGAGGUAAUUGCCUUGAAACGAUGUCUCAUUAAAGUUACUAUUUUUUUACUAUUUCAUUAAGUUACUAUUUUUUCAUGGUUAAAUGUAUUUCUUUAAAAUCGCAUCAUCUAGAUAAAUAAAUGAAUUCUACAGUUUUGA